UUUUUUUUGAUGGGAACAUUCGCCGGCUGUGGGCUGGAUCGUUGAGUUGAUUCAUUUUGUCCUGUUGGUGUCGUUGAUUGAGUAUCGAUCUCUCUUCGUUUUCAUAUAUCGUUGCGCUUUAUCGGGUGCUGCUGUCCUCUGUCCCCUGUCUUGGCUCGUUCGUGGUCACACUUCCAUGGUCGGACUCAGUUGCCGUUCGGCUUGCUCGUCUCCUUGGCUGGUGUAGACUGAAGUAUAAGAAAAGAGAGACACCAGAAUGCUGGGACGAAGGACUUCAGCAUGGGCGACGACUGCCCUCAUCGUCCUAACUCAAAUCACACCCAUCCUCUCCCUGCGCAUCACGCCAGGCUCGCCCUGCGAGGAAGUCUGCCACAAGCAUUCGUCCAACACGACGGGAUCGGAGAUCGCCUGUCUGGACCGCGAGUUCACGCAGACCGAGAAAGGGUCCACCUUCCAGCAAUGCAUUGAGUGCGGACUGCGCAGCUCUUUCCACGAUACGCCGACGAAGCAGUCGGAUGUUGAGUGGUCUUUGUAUAACCUGCGAUAUGCAUUCACCAGCUGCGUAUUCGGCACCCCCGAGUCCGUCAACAACAUCUCCACCCAGUGCACGGUGUCGUGUCAGCAGCUGGACUCGGCGCUCGAGUUCGAGAUUGCGGACCCUGAUGGGGACAAUCUUGACACUUGGUGCGGGUCGAAUGCGUUUGCCGAUAAUGCUAUCAGUCAGUGUGAGCAGUGCUAUAACUUGACUGAUAAUCAGAAUUAUAUGUCGAACUGUACGUCUCUUCCUCCUCUCCCUGUUUGCACUGCACCCUGCAGUACACACGAGAGACAAUUAUUAAUCUGCAAUGAAUCAGUCCUCGAAGCCCUCCGCUACAACUGCCACUUCCGCACCCCACCCACUGAAUCCUUCCCCAUCAGCCCAGCCCGCAUCUUCAGCGAGUCCAUGCUGCCGUCAUCAACGACGAACCUGCUGGCUCCCAAGUCCGGCAAAGGGGUGAACUUGGCGGUUGUGAUCGCUAUCCCCAUCCUGGCGUUCGUGAUCGUGGUUUGUGCCUUGACGGUAUGCUGCUUCUUCUUUGUGCGGCACCGUCGUAAGAAGGCGAGGCAGCUGCGCGAGGAGCGAGAGUUGAAUCGCUUUCAUGCUGGGUGGAGCCAUCAUCAUAGCCUUGCUCAGGCGCAGGCACAGGUGCCGGAUGGGUAUGACCCUGCUGCGGCGGUGGGGAUGCAUCAUCCUUACGCGUAUGGGAGUGGUGGGGUUGGGUAUGGGAAGCAGGCGCAGGUCAUGGAGACCGGGGUGGCUGCGCCUGGGACGGUGUAUGCUCCUGAGAAGGAGGGCAAGAAGGAGAAGGGUCCUGUGAAGGGUUAGUAUGCUCUAUUUUGGUCGGUGUCUAUGGUAGGAAGGAUGGAGAUGCUUGGAUGAGAAGAUGUCAUAUACCCUCAUGAUCUUAAUAAUAUGUUAUACCACAUAGUAUACACUAGAUGGUACAAGUAGAUGGAUGGACGACUUGUUUAUUCCAG